AUAAUUUUUGUUGUCUCUUUCCUCUCAACUCGACAAAGUGUGUCUUCAAACGAGGAAUUAAUAAAUAUCCAGAAGGGUUCAGUUCAGCCAUUGUUUCUGCUCAACAGAUCUUGAUCGAUCUCAACUAGCUUAGCUAGCAGCUAUGUGGCCACACUCACACAUUUCUGCAUUUUCCUUAUGUCUCCUUCUCGUUUUAGUGAACUCAUCCAUGGAUCCCUACAAAGCACUCAACCUCAUCCUCAACCCAAACGGCACCCUCACCCGCCUCCAACCACCGCCAGAAACCCCUCCCUCACCACAUCCCACCCUCCACACACCCGUCAUCUCCAAAGACCUCACCAUCAACCAAUCAAAACAAACCUGGGCUCGGAUCUAUAUUCCUCACAAAGCACUGGUUAGCACGCUCCGCCGCCACUUGAAGCGACGGCUUCCCCUCAUCGUGUUCUACCACGGCGGCGGCUUCAUCCUCUACAGCGCCGCCUCCACUUACUUUCACGAUUUCUGCAACCGCAUGGCAAACAUCACCCAAUCCGUCGUCGUUUCCGUCAACUACCACCUCGCACCGGAGCACCGUCUCCCUGCGGCGUAUGAAGACUCCGUGGAAGCGCUGCACUGGAUUAAAACCUCCAAGGACACGUGGCUGACGCGUCAUGCUGAUUUCUCACGGUGUUAUCUCAUGGGUGAGAGUGCCGGGGGUAACAUCGCCUACUUUGCGGGUCUACGUGCAGCUACACAACUUGAUCAGAUCAAGCCGUUGAAUAUUAAAGCAUUGGUGCUGAUUCAACCGUUUUUUGGUGGGACCAAGAGGACUUCAUCGGAGUUGAGGCUUGUGGAAGAUGGGACCAUACCUCAGCCAAUUACUGAUAUGAUGUGGAACCUGUCAUUGCCGGUAGGCGCUGACCGUGAUCAUGAGUAUUCUAAUCCAACGGUGAAGGGCGGGCCUAAGGUUUUGGAUCAGAUUAAGGAGCUUGGAUGGAGGGUUGAAGUGUUUGGGUGUGAAGGGGACCCACUGGUUGACCGGCAGAGGGAAUUGGUUCAACUGCUGAAGGGUAAGGGUGUCCGUGUGAUGGGGUACUUUAUUGAAGGAGGUCACCAUGGCAUUUUCGCGGGUGAACCUUCCAUGUCUAUUAAGGUAUUCAAUUCACUUAAAACUUUUCAUUGAUGAUGAGUUUGUAGUAACUUUGUAAGCAAUAAAUUGAGGGGUUGGUUUAUUUA